AGGACAUCCCAGGGAGAUGUAGUUAAGUGUGUGUCUCACCCCACCCAAGCCCUUGAGCUGGGAGGAUGAGCUCUGAGGGAAGGAGACAGAUAAUGGGACCUUUUGUGAUUCUUAGAUGCUUCAGAUCCUGAUCCGAGGGAAGUGGGCCCCUAAAACAUUAAUCUUAGGAAGUUAAGUGUUGUGAUGUCAUCUCAGGAAUGCAAUUAUAAGGCUCGGUCCUGCUGCAGAAGGACAUGUGAAGCGACAAACACUGGCUGCCAGAAUUGGAGGUGCUGAGGAUGGGUGGGGUGUGGGGCUUGGCGGCCGGUUCCCAGCUCCCACAGCCGCCUCUUGCCUGAGCGCUGGGGUAUCUCUGGGAUCAACUACAGGCUGGAUCUGCGGAUUCGGAACCUCACCCCAACAGUGACAGGUCAGUGCCUCUUCCAAGAGAGUUGAGGGAGUGGGUGUCUGGGUUGGGUCUGUGCAGGUUCUCAAAAGCAGAGGUGGGCAGCUUCCGUGUUUUGGAGAACAUGCACAGUGUGGAUGGGCAUCUCAGCAGCACAACCGUGGCCCAAGAGGGAGUUAGGAUCGGAGCUGAAAGCAUGCCUUUGGGCUUGUUACCAAAGACGUGGGUUUGAACGCAGCACCGGGUGGAUCAGUUGUGUGAUCUUGGGGAAAUUGUUUAUCCUCUCUGAGUUUCAAUUCCCCCUUAGGAAAAUGGGGGUAAUGGUGCCUGCCUCCUCUGACCCUUGUGGGUGUUACAUGGGAUAUGGGGUAAUUUGCAUAAAGUGCUCACUGGGUGCCUGGCUGGCUCCAUGAGCAGUGGAAGCAGCAUUGUCCUGACUCUUAUCUGGAGAGUCCAGGGAACACAGGUGACCUGACAGGGUGAUCUCGUCAGGAUCUCCAUAGGAGGUGAGGACUGGGGGGUCACAGGCAUCAGAGCACCCAGAGAGGCUGCACAGAGCCUCCAGGACGGCCACGGGAUGUGAGGGCUGAAGGGUGGUGCUGAUGGCACGGGGACUUCCUCUGGAGAGGGUGGCACAGUGCAGUGGCGGCAGGAGCAAGGGCGGGAUCCAUGUGCUGUCUAUGGAUUCAACUGGGAAGGAAAAUAAUGGCUCAAGAGUAGGGUGGACUUUUCUGUGUAGGGCAGUUAACUCUAAUAUUCUGUUUGUUGCACAAGACAGUUUAUGAUAGUGCGGAUUCUGCCUUUUCAAGGGUUUAAAAAUAUUUCUAUUGGAAAACAGCCCAAACCCUGUCUUGCCUGAGUCUUUAGUUUCUCCUCAUUCUUGACUGCAGUAGGCUGGAGGGAGGAGGAGGCAGCUCCUGUGCCCAGGAGGCCCUCAGUCCCAGAGAAGGGACAGAGCCCUGUCCUGAGACUUUCCAGGAAAGCUUCUUGCAGGGCAGUGACUUUGAGUCACGUUUUCAAGGGGUCAGAUGGAGUAUAGGGACCCCGGGGGCCUGAGACUAGGUGCGGGAAUGUGGGCAGGUACAAGAGGGCGGAAGGUUCUUGGAGGAAGCACCAUCUGCUGUGGACCGGCUGGGACAAGGCGCUGCUCUCUCUUCCCAGACUCUCCACUGUCCCCGGCGGCUGCACCCCCACACCUCCCGUUGUGCCCCCUGCCUGGGGCUAGGGCCCGCCCGUCAUGACAGACACCCCAGUGGAGGAAUCUCUCUUCCAGAUCAUCCGCUGCUUCCACCAGUACGCGGCCCUGCAAGGCGACGUGGAGACCUUGUCCCUGCAGGAGCUGCAGGCCCUGCUCAUGGACAAUGUGCCCCGCUUCAUGGACAGCUUGGGCCGGAAGGAGCCGUACUAUAUCACAGAGCUGUUCCGGGCAGCAGACAAGAACAAGGACGACCAGCUCUGCUUCGACGAGUUCCUCUACGUCUUGGGCAAGCUGGCGAAGGACUACCACCUGCAGUACCGCCGGCAGCUGUGCGCCCGCCACUGCGCCCAACACAGCCUGUACUAGAGGGGCUCAGGCAGCCUCCUGCCCACCGGAGCCUGACCUGGGAGGAGGCGUGACCUGGCGAUCGGCAGCUAAAUGGAGAACCCAGCUCUGUGUGUCUGUGUGUGUCUCUGUGUGUGUGCACAUGUGGGUACAUGUCUGUGGAAAGGACACAGUGUGAGAGAGAAUAAAGCAAUUUCCUACAUA